CUGCGGUAAAGUUUAGCAACAACUGCUCGGGCCCAGCUGCUUCGGACUCAUGUUGAUUUAUGAUAUGUGAUCAUAUGAGCUUUACAAACGAGCUUUACAUUAAAGGGGGAGGCACAGAUGCAACCUGCAAUGUCAGCAGAACUCAGAGCUCUUUUAUACCAGCCUCGCCCGCCAUCGAACCCCCUCCUCCACCCACCUACCCAUCCACCUUUUCCCCACUGUUGACCAACCCUCAACUGGAGCGGAAUGAGUUUGGAAAGCAAGAGUCCCAUUUUCUCGCAGGGCGAGGACUGCAAGCCGGACUGGAGGGUAGCGAGCGCCGACUACAAUGAAAGCGAUACCCACUUGCAGAUCCUGGGCAAACCAGUCAUGGAGCGCUGGGAGACUCCAUACAUGCACUCGCUGGCCACGGCUGCAGCCUCGAAAGGAGGAUGUGUUCUGGAAAUUGGGUUUGGAAUGGCAAUUGCAGCCACAAAGAUAGAGUCCUUAAAUAUUGAAGAGCACUGGAUCAUUGAAUGUAAUGAUGGUGUGUUUAAAAGAUUGCAGGAGUGGGCUAAGGAGCAACCCCACAAGAUUGUUCCUCUCAAGGGACUCUGGGAGGAUGUUGUCUCAACAUUGCCAGAUUCACAUUUCGAUGGCAUUCUUUAUGACACUUACCCAUUGUCAGAAGAAACUUGGCACACACAUCAGUUUACUUUUAUAAAGAGUCAUGCCUUGCGUUUGCUGAAGCCUGGUGGUGUUCUUACAUAUUGCAACCUCACCUCCUGGGGAGAGCUACUGAAGGAAAAGUAUAAUGACAUUGAAAAAAUGUUCCAGGAAACCCAAGUGUCUCAUUUGGUGAAGGCUGGCUUCAAGAAGGAGAACAUUCAUACCAGCGUGAUGGACCUCAUUCCUCCCAAAGACUGCAGAUAUUACUCUUUUCAUAAGAUGAUCACACCUACGAUAACUAAACACUAACCAGCCACUCUUUACCAGCAUUGUUAUGAAAAGCCACUAUGGUCUUAGUAUUAAUAAUUAAGGGAUCUUUUAUCAGAGUCAAUGUAUCAAAUGCAUCCCAGAUUCUUUGCAAUAUUAUGAAAAAUGUUGAACAAUUAAUAUGAUGACAUGUAUACAUUACUUUUUGAAUGCGAUGAGGCUGGAUUAUCAGUAUCAAAUUUUUGGAAAGCCAACCAGUAUUUAUACAAUAGCUGUCACAAUUUCAAAAUGUGCAUUCCCACAUUUGCCUCUCAAUCCCUCAGCAAAUGUCUUAUUUUCUAGCAGUUUUUAAUAGAAGUUGGUGCAGAGAAGCCACGAACACACAGACACCAAGGAUGGAGCUAUACUGCACUUGGUGUCAACUCAAAAUUGUGUGAUGCAGCCACCUGACAUGAGUCUCCUACCUAAAGGGCACUUGGUAAUCUUCUGAAUUAUACUGCCACUUUGCACUGAUGUAUACCCAAAACUACUGUAUUAUAGAUUUAAAAUGGCAAUAUAACUAUGGCAAAAUUGAGCUCAAGGUUUUGUUCUUCUCAUAAUUAAGGAGAUACUUGGUUUGCUGGCAUCCAUGGGAAAACUAAGAAAAAAUAUCAAUAGCCGUAUUGAACAAGAUGUUGAGAACACUAUAUUUGAGGGAAGCUUGUAUACAUUAGUAUUAAAGAUUUAGUCCUAAGUUA